AUUACUAACUACUUAGAUGAUAAGCUUCGUGUCCCUCGCCUCGUGUUCUCCUUCAUCGCUUCUCCUCCUCCUCUCGUUCCCUUUUCAGAACUAGAAAGUAGAAAACACGCACACAGAUCCGCACAACAACAACAAUCCCCCCCAAAAAAAAGAAAAAGAAAAAGAAAAGGAGAAGAAAAAGAGAGUCAUGAAAUGGAGGAGGGCGUGGGCGUGGGGGAGUUCAGCAGGGUGCCGGAGGGGUGCAUCGCGCACGUGAUCUCGCUGACGAGCCCACGCGACGCCUGCCGGCUGUCGGUGGUGUCGGCCGCCUUCCGCUCCGCCGCCGCCUCCGACGCCGUCUGGCAGCGCUUCCUCCCGCCCGACUUCCCCUCCAUCCUCUCCCGCGCCGCCGCCGCCGCCGCCGUCGAUCUCGGCUGCUCCUCCAAGAAGGACCUCUUCUUCCGCCUCUGCCACCACCCCCUCCUCCUCCUCCACGCGCCCACCCCCAUCAGCUUUUGGUUGGACAAAUCGAGCGGAGCAAAGUGUUAUAUGCUGUUGGCGAGAGCUCUGUCGAUUGCAUGGGGCGAUACUCCCGAAUAUUGGGCGUGGAAUCGCAUUCCUGAUGCAAGGUUUGGGGAGGUUGCUGAGCUACUCGACGUGUGCUGGUUGGAGAUUGUUGGCAGGAUUGGAAGCAGCGCGCUCUCCCCGAAAACUGCAUAUGCUGCGUAUCUCGUCUUCAAAAUAGCAGACGACUGGCACGGCCUUCACUGCCCGAAGCAAGAAACCUGCGUAACUCUGGGCGGUGUCGAGUCGAAACACACAGUGUGCCUCCAACCUGAUGCUGGUACACAGCAAAUUAUGUCCAUACACGCUCGGCCCUUUUGGCGCAAGAGGACCGAAAAUGCCGCAGGAAACUAG